CUGUAUAACAGCUCCCGAGUCUUUCUACAUACCAAGAUUUACAUCCAGAAGUGUGCAGACUUCCCAAGCAAGAAAAGAAAAAGCAGCAAAAGAUGUGCAAAAACGCGUCGACAUAGUGCAUGCCCAACGCGUUGUUACGUCCACAAGACAAGAAUUUCCUCUUUAAAGGUAAACUAUCCAAAUUAUCCGAUGGGCGAUGGAGCAUGGAGCUCAUCAUUGCCGACUCACUCGUCUCCAACUAUUUCUACCCUUUCUCUCAAAGAAGUAUCUGCUAAGGACGAAAAUCUCCUUCAAAACUGGUGCGGCAACAGCUGUUACCGUGACACCAUUUUACACGCUGAAACCAGAGCUUCCACGACGAAAAUCUCAUUCAAAACUGGUGCGGCAACAGCUGUUACCGUGACACCAUUUUACACGCUGAAACCAGAGCUUCCACCAAAAAGUCCCAUGCUUGGAAGCUCAGACCUCUUGACUGCAUACGAUCUUGGCGCUGUCUAUAGCCGCUAUUGCGGUGCCAAGAAAAUGCGAGAAGAUCUGAACUCAUUUUUACCACAAAUCUACGGAAACUUCAAUUUUUCUCAAGCACAAGAUAUAAGCUCUCUGAAGAUGUUAGUUGAAAAGCCUCCAAUCACCGGCAAAGAGAUCAACACGCUGUCCUCUACCGCUAUGAGCGGUUUCCGAUUAACUCCUGGUCCAGUCGACGAAAGAUUCAUAGUAAUCCCUUACUUUUCUCUGUGUUCUGAGAGUCGUGGUGUUUGUUUCGUUCCUCCAUUCAUGAGCGUUGUUUCAGCUCUCUGA